AAGUCUUUGGCUUAUUAGAGGAAUUUUUGCACCAUAUUUACAAUUCUGAUUGAGACGUGCAAGACCUGGUUGAUUUGGUGCUAUUAGUAUUGAUAUGAAAGAAUGAGUAAAGAAAAGUAUUUUUUUUUCCUUUUUUCCCUUAAAAUAGAUUAGAAUGAAAAUCUCCUCAAAAGAUAUUUUAAAUUUCCUGAAGACCAAAAGGGAGAUCUCAUUGCUAUUUAUAGUCUCAAAACCACAGGUUACUAGUCAUACCAUCUUCCUACUAAUUUAUGCAACCAUGGAGAAAGCAUUCGCCUCUUGUCUAUUAACACACUUGUUGCUUCACUAUGCUAUGGCUAGUUCAGCCAUGACUCAUACCAACAUUACCACUGAUCAAUUAGCUCUUCUUUCCCUAAAAUCCCAAAUCAUUUCGGACCCCUUUCACUUCUUGGAUGAAAGCUGGUCUCCAGCUAUUUCUGUUUGCCAUUGGGUGGGAGUCACUUGUGGCUCUCGUCACCAAAGAGUGAAAUCCUUGAAUCUUUCUAACUUGGCUCUUAUGGGCAGUAUCCCCCGUGAUUUUGGAAACCUCACAUUUCUUGCUACUCUUGACUUGGGAAGCAACAAUUUUCAUGGCAAUUUGCCUCAAGAAAUGGCACGUUUGCAUCGACUUAAAUUUCUUGAUAUAAGUUUCAACAACUUCAUAGGGGAGGUUCCUUCUUGGUUUGGGUUUUUACACGAACUUCAAGUUCUAAAUCUUGGAUAUAAUAGUUUCACUGGUUCCAUCCCUUCUUCAUUUUCUAAUAUUUCCACACUUGAAACUUUGAAUCUGAGAUCCAAUUUCAUAGAGGGUCAAAUCCCAAAAGUGAUUGGAAGUCUCAUAAACCUUAGAGAAUUAAACUUGAGGGGUAACAAGCUCAUAGGCUCUAUUCCUCUAUCACUCUUGAAUGCCUCAAGGUUGGAGUCUUUAGAUAUAUCUUUUAAUUCACUUGAAGGAAACAUUCCAGAAAGGAUCGGCAAUCUUCACAACUUGAACGAGUUGGGCAUACAAUUUAAUAAGCUUACAGGCUCUAUACCAUUGUCAAUUUUCAAUAUUUCUAAAAUCGAAGUCAUUGCAUUUACAGGAAAUAGCUUAUCGGGAAUUCUUCCAAAUGGUUUAUGCAAUCAUCUCCAAAUACUCAAAGAGCUUUAUCUACACAAAAACAAUUUUCAUGGUCAUAUGCCUACAAGCUUGUCAAAUUGUUCAGAACUUCAACUAUUGGAUUUAUCAGUAAAUGAUUUUGAUGGACCAAUACAUAGUGGAAUUGGAAGAUUGAGUAACUUGCAGAAACUGUCCCUCAAAUAUAACCAUUUCACAGGGAUAAUUCCGAUCUCCAUAUUCAAUAUCUCCUCACUGCAAUAUUUGAUACUACGACGCAACAAUGUUAGUGGAUACUUACCACGGGAGAUUGACAAUUUAACCAAGAUGCAGAUGUUAGAUCUUAGUGAAAAUAUGUUUAUUGGUGAAAUACCCAAAGAGAUAAGCAACCUUAUUGAGCUGGAGGGAAUCGAUCUUGCGUAUAAUAGUUUUAGUGGUUCACUUGCAAUGGAGAUCUUCAACAUAUCAGGGCUGAGAAAAAUUUCUCUUUCAUUCAAUAAUCUAUCAGGAACUAUACCAUCAAACAUAGGUUCUGUCUUACCCAACAUUGAAGAGCUUUAUUUGAUGGGCUUAACAUAUCUUGUUGGGACUAUACCUCAUUCUAUUUCCAAUUGUUCAAAACUAACUAUUCUAGAGCUUUCAUACAACCAACUCAGAAAAACUUGAUUCCCAAUUCUCUUGGAUAUUUGACUCGUCUACGGGAACUAAACUUGGAGUCAAACAAUUUAAAUAGUGACUCAUCGUUAAGCUUCCUGACUUCCUUAACCAAUUGCAGAAAUUUAACAUAUCUUUUUCUAGAUUUGAACCCUCUAAAUGGUAUGCUUCCAGCCUCCAUCGGGAAUCUUUCAACAUCUCUUACAAGCUUUAUCGCUAGUAAUUGAAAAA